AUUGGGGAAUUUCAACACAAGCAAAAAGCCUCAUGGCAUGGGAGCAUUCGAGAAUAAACCCUGCAGCCACGCGCCCAAUAUGAAACACCUUCUUCUCCUGUCCUUUUCUUCUGUCGUACUUCUACAUGGAAUUUUUCCUAUCUGAUAACAGCAACAAUCCGCCCGAUUUCUUUUCUUAGAUCUCUUUGACGUCCCUUUGUCCCUCGCUAAAGCCGACUAGAACCAGCCCUCGCUGCUACGCUCUUUGUCCUCGUUCGAACGCGGUCUCCUCAGAUUUCUCGUGGCACCAAGGUGGUACACACACGUUCUUUUCUGGACUGUUAAAAUAUUAUGAGGAGGACUUGGUGAAGGAGCUUUCUUCGGUGUCAGAGUGCAGAUGCAAGAGCCAGCACAAUGUCCGCAGCCAAAGCAGUUUAUCCUCGACAGACCUUUGCUCCAGACCCCAACCUGUCAACUGGAGAGCAAGUCCUACAGUUGGUUGCAAAUCCAUUUCAAGCUUCGAUUCAAUACAAUGCCUUCUGGGCUUCCCUGGCUACCUCUCUAGGAUUCAGUGCUGCCCUCGCCCUCCUAUUCUGUUUUGUUCGACCGAGGAACAAUAUCGUGUACGCCCCACGAUUGAAAAAUGCCGAUAAAGACCAUGCUCCUCCUCCGCUGGGGAAGGGUCUGUUCAGCUGGGUCAAGCCCGUCAAUAAAGCCAGCGAAAGUUUCCUGAUGGAGAAGAUUGGCAUGGACGCAGUCAUUUUCCUCAGGCUUACCCGCAUGCUCCGCAAUAUCUUCCUAGUCCUUGGACUGGUCGGAAUAGCCAUUAUGAUACCGGUAAAUGUAACCCUGGGGAGCAAAGGUGCGAGUAGCGGAUCUUCCGCGUUCACGGUCAUGACACCCUUGUUCAUCUGGGGCCGCGGAUUGUGGGCUCAAGUGGUUCUCGCAUGGUUCAUCGAUAUUGUGGUGAUGUACUUCCUCUGGCACAACUACCGCCGUGUUCACCGAUUGCGACGUGCCUAUUUGGAGAGUCCUGAAUAUCAAAAGAGCCUACACUCACGAACAAUCUUGAUCCGGGACAUUCCGACCAAGGCUCGAAGCAAUGAAGGCAUAGCUCACAUUACCGACGAAGUCAACCCAACAGGAAUCACACCCAAAACCCGAAUCGAACGGAAUGUUAAAGUUCUGCCAGAAUUGAUCGAAGAGUAUGAAGAAAAUGUCAAGGAGCUCGAGUCUGUCCUCGCCAAGUACAUGAAGAACCCUGAUCGACUACCUGCUCGGCGCCCAACCAUGAAGGCGCCUCGAAAAUACAAAGGUCAGACAGUGAAUGGCAAGGUCGAUGCUAUUGAAUAUCUGACGGAUCGGAUUCGAGCCCUUGAAAUGGAGAUUAACGACGUACGAGAGCGUGUGGAUAGUCGCGAUGCUCUGCCGUAUGGCUUUGCCACCUGGGAUCAAAUCUCUCAAGCCCACACAGUCGCUUUCUCAGCACGCGGCAAACGUCCUCAGGGUACCAAGAUUCGCUUAGCACCACGGCCGAAUGACCUCAUCUGGAAUAAUUUGAAGUUGUCUCGGGCAUCAAGACGCAGCAAGCGUUUCGUCAACGGCAUCUGGAUCGCGGUCUUGACCGUCAUCUGGACACCUAUUAACGCCGGUAUUGCCAUUUUCUUGUCUAAUUUAUCGAAUCUGGGUCUCGUCUGGCCACGUUUCAGAGACUCACUCAACGCGCAUCCCGCAGGUUGGGCGUUUGUCCAAGGUAUCGCCUCUCCGGCCAUCACCUCGCUUGUCUACCUUGUUCUUCCGAUCAUCUUUCGACGCCUUCAAAUUCGUGCUGGAGAUGUUACCAAGACCGACCGAGAACGACAUGUCCUUCGAAAUCUGUACGCCUUCUUCACAUUCAACAACUUGAUCAUUUUCUCCAUCUUCUCCGCUGUGUGGCAGUAUGUAACAAUCGUGAUCGAGUACGACAGGCAAGGUAACGACACCUGGACUUCUCUUAGAAAGGGCAAUUUCUUCUUGGUUAUCACCACCGCCCUAUGUCAAAUUUCCCCUUUCUGGGUCACCUGGCUUCUUCAACGCAAUCUUGGUGCUGCCAUCGAUUUGGUUCAACUUUGGCAUCUCACAUACGUUUGGUUCGCCCGAACUUUCAUGGCGCCAACACCACGGCAAAACAUCGAAUGGACAGCACCUCCAGCCUUCGAAUAUGCCAGCUAUUACAAUUACUUUCUCUUUUACAGCACGGUUGCAUUGUGCUAUUCUACCCUUCAGCCGAUCGUGCUGGUCGUGACGGCACUGUAUUUCUCCAUUGAUUGCUUCCUCAAAAAGUAUCUUCUCAUGUAUGUCUUUGUCACGAAAACCGAAUCUGGAGGACAGUUCUGGGUCACUCUGUUCAACAGAAUGGUCUUUGCGGUCAUGCUGUCGAACGUCGUGAUUGCAGUUGUGGUCAAAGCCCGGGGAACCUGGGCCCUCGUCGCCGCAAUCGCACCACUGCUUAUCAUCAUGAUCGCAUUCAAGUGGUAUUGCAUGAAGACAUUCGAUCUAGACUUGAAGUACUACGCUCGUGGUGGCAUGCAGGAUCAAGAACGCCUCGCUACCGACGGCAAGACGCACAAGGCUGAGAAGAUCUCGUCUCAAUUCGGACAUCCAGCUCUUUAUAAACCGCUGGUGACUCCGAUGGUCCACGCGAAGGCGAAGCAUCUGCUUGGCGAGAUAUACCGUGGCCGACUGGAUUCAGAAGGCGGGCAGUCUUUUGCCUUCUCAGACAUUGCCAUGCAGCCUAUUGCUCAGAACAAGCCGCCCCAAGAUGUACCCUUCGAGAUCGUGCCCGAAGCACAGCAAGAUUUCCAAUUCUACAAGAACCGAGCCGACUUCCGCGAAGAGGCGGGUGACAUGGUGUCUGAACGGAGUCAGACGCCAAUAUCAUUCAUGGGCAAAGAAAACUACGAAUCGCGUCCAAACUCCAGAGGGGCGAGUCCACCUGCUCCUCCUCAUCCGCCUCAAGAGUACCGCGGCGUACCGCACCGUAAGCAGUUCGACCAGUCCCAUGUGCCGAGUCAGUUCAGGACCGAGCCUCGUCGGAAGUCAACUGAAGAAGGAGACUUGGGCAUGCGUCCGCACGGGCCUUACACGGAUCCGUAUGAUGACCGGACAAACUUGCUUCACGGUGUUGGAGAUGUUCGGACGCCGACUGGAGAGUUCAUGUCCUUGGAUCGCUGGCGGACGCCGGCCGCCAGUAGAAAUAGCACAGGUGUGAAUACACCGGCCGACGAGUUGAAUUCGGGGUAUGAUUACUUUAGGGGCAUGCGAUGAUGGUUGUAAAUAUGUUCUAGGUGGAGAAAGUGCUCUGAUCUGAGCCAAUGCAUUUUCCGGAGUUCAAUAGAAAAGGAAAUGGGUCUACGAUGACAUGAAAAACCGGAAUGAUGACGAUAAGAUGAAAUACUCGACUUCCAACUGCCAAACCACGGUUUCAUUUAUGUUAAGCUGUCCAAAUGCUGUUUCGACAAGAACCUGCCCUAGAUAUCACAUUCCGGCCCUGUCAACCUAUCUUACUAUGGUCUGAUGGGUAAAUCGUGUAAUGAAACUCGCUUAACCGGGGUGCAAAACAGCGGCCGCUUGAAUCGUCGAAGCAGCAGUUGGCAUCGCAUUGAACAGGAGGCCCUCCUGCCACACAAAUUGUCCUCGCUGCUGUUUGUCGUCGAAUGGCACCCUAGCGCCAAGAUACACGAUUUACCCAUGGGACCAUAGUAGACAUCACACUCCGGCCCCGGGAGCCUAAUUUAGUGGCCUCAAAUGUCUCCUUAACAUCCUCGCCGAGGCGCCCAGCACCACAGCAUUGAUACAUUACAGCUGUCGACAACACGUCUCUGCAGAGUUACCUCCCCUUUUUCUGGUAUUCCCAGACGCGCUGCUUUCAGUUCAGUGUCCUUUCAAUACUCAUGGUCAUUCCUUUUGAGCAUUGUACGUUAUCGCGUGUCGCUGGCAAUGGGUCGACUUUGAUCAAGUCAGCAACAAUCCAUGCUGCUCGCAGUACACCUCGUACUUGAACCGACCGGCUCUGAAGCAGUGGAGGCACACCCCUCCCAUGGCCUUGAACACAUCUUGCAGCAUCUCGGCAUGAUUCACGUCGAUGUAUCUCGGCUUGAAAUGACCACACGCCCUCAAGUGGCCGUCUGGCAUCGACUCUCGCGAAUUGUCCAUCGACUCCAUGUCAUACAGGUAGCACGAGAACAGCCUCCCGAUAAAGGUCAUCAGGGGGGUUUUUUGCUCGGCAUUCCACAUUGCGGAUUUGCUGAUGACUUCCUGCAUCCAUCGCUGAUCGUGCGGGACGGCGUCGCAUUUCUCGCACCACCAUUUGUCUCCUUCGGUUGAACCACUGUGCGGUUCAGGGUAGAAGACUGCCGGGAGGCUUUUGAGAAGGGCUGAGCGUAGACGGUGACUCUCCUUGUCGAAUUCCGCGAAGAUGUCGACAGGCAGUAGUUGUAUCAUUUCAGGGGAAAUGAAGUACGGAAGAUCCUUCGCUACCAACCACCACAUCAUCUGCCUUGAAGCUCUGGUGAAAAGGGGAUCGAGAUUGAGCAGGUAUGAGAUGGAAAAGAUGGUGCCCAAUGACUCUAUCUUCGGAAUCGCGGAGACGUGGUUUUCUGCGAUAUGUUCAUCGAGGCGUUCAAUGAUGUAUGUUGGAAUGCCGCCGUGAUACAUGUACUUGUCCACAUGGAUUGCCAGGGUUUUGAGAUGCUUGAGCCUUAUCUUGGACACGACUUGCGGGUCGCUGAAUAUCUGCGCGUGCA